AAGCGUUUGGGACCUGCUGCCCCGGCAGAGGACUGCACCACGAGACGCGCCGACGGGCUCGGUUUCGCGAUUCCCACCUGGACUGAAGCCGCUAGGAACCCGUACCGCGGCAGCGAUGGAGCGAGGCGCAGGAGACCGCACUGCCAGCUCCCUGUUCGCGGGGUUCCGGGCUUUGGGGCUUUUCAGUAACGACAUUCCUCACGUGGUGCGGUUCAGUGCGCUGAAGCGCCGAUUCUAUGUGACGACCUGCGUGGGCAAGAGCUUCCACACCUAUGAUGUUCAGAAACUUAGUCUGGUUGCAAUAAGUAACUCUGUUCCACAGGAUAUCUGCUGUAUGGCAGCAGAUGGGAGGCUAGUCUUUGCUGCUUAUGGGAAUGUUUUCUCUGCAUUUGCCCGUAAUAAAGAGGUAGUACAUACCUUUAAGGGUCACAAAGCAGAAAUCCAUCUUCUGCAACCAUUUGGGGACCAUGUUAUCUCUGUCGAUACUGACAGCAUUCUUAUUAUUUGGCACAUAUAUUCAGAAGAGGAAUACUUGCAGUUGUCUUUUGAUAAAUCAGUAUUUAAAAUUUCUGCAAUUUUGCAUCCGAGUACCUACUUGAAUAAAAUACUUCUUGGCAGUGAACAAGGAAGCCUCCAGUUGUGGAAUGUAAAAUCCAAUAAACUUCUGUAUACAUUUGCGGGAUGGAAAGUUGGAGUGACAGCACUUCAGCAGGCACCAGCUGUGGAUGUUGUUGCUGUUGGUCUUAUGUCGGGUCAGGUUAUAAUUCACAACAUUAAGUUUGAUGAAACAUUGAUGAAGUUUCGUCAAGACUGGGGACCUAUUACUUCGAUUUCAUUUCGCACAGAUGGUCAUCCUAUAAUGGCAGCUGGAAGCCCAUGUGGCCAUAUUGGACUCUGGGAUCUAGAAGACAAGAAGUUAAUCAAUCAAAUGAGAAAUGCACAUUCUACAGCAAUUGCCGGACUGACAUUUCUCCAUAGAGAGCCACUUCUUGUCACAAAUGGUGCUGACAAUGCUCUCAGGAUAUGGAUAUUUGAUGGUCCCACAGGUGAAGGCCGGCUUUUGAGAUUCAGAAUGGGACACAGUGCUCCUCUUACCAAAAUAAGAUAUUAUGGACAAAAUGGACAACAAAUUCUUAGUGCAAGUCAAGAUGGAACUCUUCAGUCAUUUUCCACAAUACAUGAGAAAUUUAACAAGAGCUUGGGACAUGGUUUAAUAAAUAAAAAGAGAGUCAAACGUAAAGGACUUCAGAAUGCCAUGUCAGUGAGACUUCCACCCAUCAUUAAGUUUGCAGCUGAGGAAGCUCGUGAAAGUGACUGGGAUGGUAUUAUCGCUUGCCAUCAGGGUAAGCUAUCUUGUUCAACCUGGAACUAUCAAAGAUCUACGAUAGGUGCUUAUUUUCUCAAGCCAAAAGAGCUGAAGAAAGAUGAUGUAACUGCAACAGCCGUGGAUAUAACUUCUUGUGGAAACUUUGCUGUAAUUGGUCUCUCAUCAGGAACUGUAGAUGUAUAUAACAUGCAGUCUGGUAUACAUCGAGGAAGAUUUGGCAAGGAUCAAGCCCAUAAAGGAUCUGUUAGAGGUGUUGCAGUGGAUGGACUAAACCAGUUGACAAUUACAACUGGUAGUGAAGGAUUACUCAAGUUCUGGAACUUUAAAAACAAAGUUUUAAUUCAUUCUGUGAGCCUUGAUUCAUCUCCAAAUAUGAUGCUGCUACAUAGAGACAGUGGCAUUCUGGGACUUGCCUUGGAUGACUUCUCCAUUAGUGUUUUGGACAUAGAAACUAGGAAGAUUGUCAGAGAGUUUUCUGGACACCAAGGUCAAAUAAAUGACAUGGCUUUCAGUCCUGAUGGUCGUUGGUUAAUAAGUGCUUCAAUGGAUUGCUCUAUUAGAACUUGGGACCUUCCAUCUGGGUGCCUGAUAGACAGCUUUUUGUUGGACUCAGCUCCUCUUAAUGUUACUAUGUCACCUACUGGAGACUUUCUGGCCACUUCCCAUGUGGACCACCUUGGAAUUUAUUUAUGGUCCAAUAUUUCCCUAUAUUCAGUUGUUUCUUUACGGCCACUUCCCACUGAUUAUGUUCCUACAGUAGUGAUGCUUCCUGGUACUUGUCAAAGCCAAGAUGUAGAGUUAUCAGAAGAAACCAUAGAACCAAGUGAUGAAAUGAUAGAGUAUGACUCCCCAGAACAGCUGAAUGAGCAGUUGGUGACUCUUUCACUCCUUCCUGAAUCCCGGUGGAAAAACCUUCUUAAUCUUGAUAUUAUUAAGAAAAAGAAUAAACCAAAGGAACCACCCAAAGUACCCAAAUCAGCACCAUUUUUUAUUCCAACAAUUCCUGGCCUUGUACCCAGAUAUGCUGCACCUGAACAAAAUAAUGAUCCUCAACAGUCUAAAGUGGUAAAUCUUGGAAUUUUGGCUCAAAAAUCAGAUUUCUGCUUGAAACUUGAAGAAGGACUGGUAGAUAAUAAAUAUGAAACUGCUUUUAACCUUCUGAAAGAAUUAGGCCCAUCUGGAAUUGAAACAGAACUGCGAAGUUUGUCUCCGGAUUGUGGUGGUUCUAUAUUACACCUUAAAAUGCUUCCUUCAGAGCCAGUACUUCUAGAAGAAAUGACAGAGUUGUCAUCACAGUUGGAAGAAAACUGGAUCCAUUUACAAUCACUGUUCAAUCAAAGCAUGUGUGUUUUAAAUUAUAUAAAAAGUGCUUUAUUAUAAAGAAAAAACUUACGUGACUAAAUAAAUCAGACUUUUAUAUUAAAGGGGUUGAGAGUUUAACUCGUACCUUGUUUUCUAAGUCUCAAUGUGAAAAGAAAAUAAAUGCUGGCACUACUGAGUUGUCAGUCAUUCUCCACUUUAAAUGCUAAAUACUUUCCUGAAAUAAAAUUAUACCUGCCUUUUAUUUCAAAGAUGUAGAGAAUCCUCUCUAAUGACUUACUUUCUGAAUCUCUUCACAUCAGUUAUGACUUGUUUUUAAAUUAUCACCAGCUUGUGGUUUUUUUUUUUGAUAUCUGUAACAUGAGGUGUACUGAGUGUUUCAUGUAAAGUAUUACUGAAUUAAACUGAAGAUAAAACUGAUACAUAAUAUAGUUGUAAAAGUGCCCUCAUGUUACGAGGUAAAAAGGCAUGUUUCCUUCCUUAAUGGCCUUUGAUGAAAACAGGUCAUUGACUCUUAGAGCCAGCAGGCGUGUCAGACAGUACAGCCUCUUGAAUUGCAGAACAGGAAGCUGCUGUGGUCCGCUUAGGAUCUCAGUGACAUAUCCAGAUUUUCUAACACUGCCCUAGUGCUCUCUCUAUUGUAACCUUUCUAAAGGAACUUGUUCUUUUAUCAUGAAUAUGAUGAGAGGCACUUUCACAAGGCAGCUUGCUACAGGACACAGUUGGACAGAUACCUAGGAUAGGUGAGGGAAAUUCCAGAUUCCAUUGAAGAUACCCUUCAAAGGUUUUUCUUCCUCACUGUUGACCUUUUUAUUUGGGAAGAAACUACUGACUAUACUUUUCUUUCAUAACCAUUGUGAAACUAGAUAGCUUUUCUCAUCAUCAUUGUUUUUGUAAUUCAAGGCUUCAGCAAUAUGUGAGUUAAAAAUAAGCAAUUUUUAAAAGCACACUGUUCUAAAAACUUUUUUAGUUUUUAUACUAUACUCAAAAGUAGUGUCAUUCAUGAAAUUCAGCUGGUUGUAUUUGAAAGCCAAUACCAUUCUAAUUAGGAUGUAGUUUUAUAGAAUAAUCUCCAGAAGGGAGAGUCCUCACAAGGAGUUGAUUAAUGAUAAGUUUAAUCGUCAAAACAGUUUUGUCUAUGGUGAAAUGUAGAGUUAGUAAACUGUUAAAGAAAUAAGUGAGUUUGGUUAUGUGCUUUGUUCGUUUAGAAAUGUUUAUAAACUUAACAGUUAUUGACUGAAAUGUUAAUAAUGACUGAAGUUCUAACUUAAACAUUAAAAACUGUAUUCCCCUACACCCCAAAUACUAUAUUCUAAAGACAUGGCUAAAUUCAGUAUAUAAUUAUGUACCAUGUGAAUGAAAAUUGUAAAUACCUAAAACAGUAUUAAAAGUUCCAAACUGAAAUUGUAUUGCUAUGAUAAAUCUUGAACUUUCUUUUUCAGAUGAGAAUACAGGAGUUGAGUGUAUUGUUUUUAUUGGUGAUAUCUUUAAAUACUAUUAAAGCAUCAUUUUGGCAGGUAAUCUUCCAGAACAUUUUCUGUAUAUUUGCCAUCAAGGAAGGGUGGGAGAAAGAAAAACAAAGGUUAUAUUUUGUGUGUAUAAUUUUUCUUAAAAUGUAUCAAUCCGUACUGCUUUUUCUUUACAUUUUAAAUUACAAAUGUAGUAUGACUGCAUUUUACUUGUAAAAACAUCAAAGACAAGUCUAUGUUUGAUAAUCACCUUCAAUCCCAGUAACUUCCCUUGAAGUAGCAGUUGUUAACUUUCCAUCUAGACCUUUUUCUGUGAAUGUAUAUACAUGUUAUAUAUAGCUACAGGAAAUAAACUAUUGCUUCAGUUUUUACAUAAAUAUAUGAAUGUCAUUCUGCAACUUUU